CAUUCACCCUCAGACGCCUGCGCCAAGACCAUUUCUGUAUGUAAUGGAUCACGAUGACAUUUGCACGAUCUUGGUUGGGCCACAAGCAAGAUGUGGGCUUUCAUUCGAGUAAAUUUAAAGUCCACUCCCUUUUUACAAUCAAUUCACACUCUGAAGGAUUGCGUUGAACGUAAUCCAGUUAGUGCUACAAUCAUUGAUGUUGACAAGAAUUUGGUUGAAAGACGGUACCAUGCAGGACGAAGACGAAACAAGUACAACGGAGCCUUUGCCGUAUGAUUCGCUUGAUGGAAAAAUCGAUAGCACAACCAUGGACCCAUCCAUCAAUUCAGCAGACAUUCUUUGUGGAAGAGGGAAGACUUCGUUCAACCAUGUGGGAAAUCGUCAAUUUAGAGAUAGUGUGACAAAUUCCUUGAGAGCGUACAUGGACGCGGACAACAGAUUCGAAAAGUCCAUGGUCGUACACAGAAUUGUUGACAACAUUCAUUCUGCGGGUGGUAGAUUUCUCAAAAAGGAUUAUUCAUCAAGUCAAUGGUUCGAACUCUCGGACCAGCAAGCAAAGGAGAAAGUAGGACACGCAAUUCGUGAUGCAGUAAAUGCGUACGAGAGUAAAGUGAAAGGGAAGCAGCAAAAGGGAAAGGAUCUAUCACCUGGCGGCAAACCGUUUCAUCAGGAUCUUGAUUAUACUGACAGAAGUCUAGUUGCGCAACACACCAUGUCGCUGAGGGAUUCCUACCUGACUCACUACCCGAUCAACAUUCCGUUGCAGCAGACCGCCGAUCGACCGUCGUUCCCAUAUUUAUCUUCGCAGCCUCAGUCGUUUCAGCUUCCACAGUCCCAACCAGCAAUGAAAGCUGCACAUCAAAAUUAUUCUAUGAAGCACAGACGGAUGCUAGACGCUUUGCCUGUAGAGGUUAUUUUCGACGAAGCGAGUUCCAAAAAUGUUUCUUCUACAAGGGUCAAACCUUCUACCGAUGAUGGGCAUGACGAGUUUGUUGCCCGUAUCAAUGCCGUUUUGGGCCCGCUUCCACAAGACGCUAACGAUCCAAUGGAGCCGCUUCUUGACAAACAAUAUCAUGGCCGAGAUCGACGACUAUAACUAGCGGAUCUAUUUCGACUCCUGAAGUGUAAAACUCGUCCUGAAAAUAAUGGGCAGCAUCGCAUAUGCUACCAACUUGUAAGGCAACCGACGAUGACUAAGACCGAUUCGUUGCACACUCAAUUGCGAUCCUGCGUCCUGCCUGCCCCGUUUGCGAAAAACGCAGAUCGUUUUUUUCUCUCUUCCAAAUAGACACGCUGUGAGGUCGAAUCGGUAGCAGUAGCAAAUGCAGAGGGAUCCGAUAACUAGUUUGCUAUACCACCAACCCACGUGUGCUCGCAGAAACAAAGACAGUUCAAUCAUUUACUGUUGAAAACGUGCGUAGCCCUAUUUGACUGGAGACAACUCCCCAGGAUCAUGCUGACAGUCACCAUAGAUACCUCUCGGUC